AAAUUAUCUAGGAAAUAUUUAAUAUUUUCUCAAAUGAAAUGAGAAACUUCAAAUUGGCAACAAAUAAAUAUAAUCUGUGUUUGCUUUCGUGUUCAGAAAUUUGGUGGACGUUGACAGGAAUUACACAUUUUGAGCCGGAUUGAAUUAAGUUCAUCAUGCCUUCUGGAAAAAAGUUAACUAAAGAAGAGGAAUUACUAUUGCAAGAUUUUAGUCGUAAUGUUUCAACAAAAUCUUCUGCUCUGUUUUAUGGAAAUGCAUUCAUAGUAUCAGCUAUACCACUGUGGCUUUUCUGGAGAAUUCAUCAAAUGGAUCCUUAUCAAUCUGCUAUUUUAUUUGCUAUUGUUACUAUUGUUAGCACAUGGUUAGUUGCAUUUGCUUACAAGAAUGUGAAGUUUGUUUUGAAACAUAAAAUUGCUGUAAAAAGAGAAGAUGCUGUUUCUCGUGAUGUUAUGAAAACUUUAGCAGAUGACAAGAAAAUGUCGAAAAAAGAAAAAGACGAAAGAAUACUUUGGAAAAAGAAUGAAGUAGCUGAUUAUGAAGCAACCACAUUUUCCAUAUUUUAUAACAACUCACUUUAUCUGAUGCUCAUCAUUUUGUUGUCUUUUUACUGCCUUCGUUCCUUCAAUCCAAGCAUAAAUUACGUUGCAUCAGUGGGAGCAGCAUCUGGAUUAUUGGCUUUGUUUUCCACUAGUUCUAACUAAAAUCAAUUGCUCAUCAUUUGUAAUAAAAUAUAAAACUCA